AUGUCACAAGAUUCCCAUAAUAUUAUAUUUACUUCCCACGGGAGAAAUAAGAAACGAAUGAAAUCUUCAUGGAGCUCGGAAGACGAAGAUACCGUUCAUCAAAAGGUGGAGGAAACAAGAGAAGAAAAAUAUGAACGUGUGCAACUUCUCCAAACACUUAUUACUCUACAAAAGCGUCCAGAUACACAGCGCGCAUUUGAAAUUCUCAAAGAGGAUAUAUCAAGGAAGCCACAUCUACUUCCAUUACGAACUGAUCACAAAGGAAACAAACAUGUUCAGUCAUUUGAACAAUUGAUGAAACAUGCAGAUGACUAUGAAUCGGAAUUUAGGCGUAUUUAUUCAGAAACCGCCAAACCAGACAAUCCAAAUUCCAAUAAAAAGUUUCGAGAGGCUGUAAAUUUAACUCCAGGAACUAUUUUCUGUGGACAGGAUAGUCCACUCCCAGUAUAUUAUAAUAGCUGGAAGCAAUUGACGACGCUCGAUGGUCAUAAUCAACCAACGUAUUGUGUGAUAUUUGAUAAGACAGGCAGAAGGGUUUUUACAGGAAGUGAUGAUUCAUUGAUCCGUGUAUGGUGCACAAGUACUGGAUCGUUGCUACGGGCAUUAUAUGGGCAUACAAAAGCAAUAGUGGACAUGUCUAUCAACUGUAAGAAUGACUUACUUGCUACGUCGUCAAAUGACAAAACGGUUGUCGUAUGGAGUCUUGACACAUAUACUGCAGUACAUCGGUUCGCGAUGGACGAAAUGGCGACAUCAAUCCUUUUUUCCCCGACUCCGAUUGCUGAGAAUCGCUACUUGAUCGCGACUUCGGACAACUGGCAUACGUGGGUGUGCAAAUAUGAUGAUAUUGACAAUAGUUUUGGGCCUACUUCUAAAAUAAAACCUGUGAAUGCAGUUGGGUCAAACAAUAGAAUGAAAUGCACAUCAUUCAACUAUACAGGCUCUAUGUUUGCAAUUUCUGGUACUGAUGGGCUUGUUCGCGUAUAUUCAACAAUCGGUGGUACUGCCUUGUAUGAUCAUAAUAAUAAAAAGGGCAAAAAAGCAAAAAAGCCUUUUGAUCUUGUCGAAAUAAUAAAACAAUCGUCUGAUCCUGAGGACUCUGAUGAUUCUGAUGAUGACCUGAUUGGCAAUAACGAUGAUGAUCUUUUUGCUGACAUGAAUAUGGAUAUGGCACGUAGUCUCCUUCUUGCAGGCGUAAAGUCAUUCAAUGGCCAAAGCACUACUCAAUUUGCUGAAAAGGAAUUUGUAGCACCGAUACAAAAUAGGCAAACAAUUUCGUCUUUAUCAAAACAUUACAAUGCUAUCCCAUCGAUGUCAAAACAGCCAGUUGCUACCACUGUACCAUCGUCGAGCGGUAACAUUUCUUUAGAGUCAACAUCACAUUCAAGCUUAAAGAACCUUCAAUCAAGCACGACAACGCAGUCUUCCGUCACAAUAGUUUCACAGUCUACAUCAAGUCCAAUUGUUCAAACGAGACAUGUAACACCAUCAAGAUCUAACAAUAAAACUUCGAGACCAUUACUAAUAUCUUCAUCAGGACCUAUGACACAAGUCGCCAGAUCACGAUCAAGAUACCAAAAUUCUAGGAACAAUGCUAGUGUAUCAGCUCCAGUUUCACCAGGUUAUAUCAGUUCAGCUGGAGAAGCCUCGGAUACUUUAUCUGUAAACAUCACCAAUCGACGAAUAAAUCGUAACAAUAAUCGUAGAACGAACGCAAGUGCACCGGCCUCACCGGGACGCAAUAUAACAUCAUCUCGAUCAAUAAAUUAUACAAAUAAUGUAAUAACGCCUGCUACUGCCCAAAAUGGCGAUGAUGACGAUCCAAAUUUAAUGAAUCUUGCGAAUUAUUUCGAUCCGGUUCAUAUUGCUGAUCUAGAUGGUCAUACUGCCAUUGUUAAUAGUCUUGAAUUUGCACAUCGCAGCAACAGGUUAUUAUCAGGGGCGGAAGAUGGUACUGCACGUGUUUGGGAAUAUAAUUAUGUAUUUAAACGGUGGACAUCAAUCAUUUUGGACGUUAGAGGAUCUAAUAAUAACACAAAGGUGACUUCUAUGCGUUGGAGUCUCGACGAUACUAAAGUGAUAAUUGGAAAUAAUUACGGCAUUAUUACAAUCUUUGAUAGCGAAAAUGGAGAAGUUAGAGUUAGAAUAAAUGCACACAAUGAUAAAAUCUUUGUACUAGAUAUUCAUCCACAUGAUUCUCGUGUGAUGAUGUCUGCAGGGUAUGAUGGCCGUAUUGUAAUGUGGGAUAUUACUAACGGCCGCUCUAUAAAGGUCUGGGAUCCGAGUAACUUGGAGUUUCUUGGUGACAAGUUUGAGGUUCUUGAUGGAAGAUUCCGUGAUGAUGGAGAAAUGUUUGCUGUAACUGACGGCAGGGGGAAGUGCCAUCUUAUCGGAAUCGAUCAGACGUGCAAUUAUGAUAAAUAUCGUAUCCGUGCAAAAAAUGGGCAGAGAUUCUUCGAAGAUUAUACGACAAGAUCCGUGGUAUUCUCCGAACAAGAAUGGACGUUUAUUGACAACGAUAGUGGUUUGCCCAUUGACCCAUCACAACAAACAGAAGUACUGAGCUUGGGUAGCGUUCCGUAUGAGCGGCAAGUUCCUAUUUCGUUAGCACAAGGCAGACGGUCACGUCUUUCAAGUAAGAGACUUAAACCAGAUAUUGAAAAUAAAAAGCAAAUUUUAAUUGAAGAAGUUAACAAAUUACAACAGGGUGCAAUAGUGAAGGUGGUUUUAAAUAAGAAAGAGGUAUCAUUGCGUCGUAAGAAAAUUCAAAUUCCAGAAGAGGAAGAGGAAGAUAAUUACAUGGACAUUGAUCCGUUAGCAAUCGAAGAACCUAUUAUUCCAUUACCUGAUGAUGAUAUUGACCCUGAUUACGAACCUGGCCAUACAGACAAUGAAAGGUCAGAUAGCGACAGUGAUGGAUCAUGCAAUUCAAUAGAAAUUGUAAACAAUAUAUCAAUGGACGAAUAUUAUGAAUCCAUUGGCGAAGGCAGCGAUUUUGAGCCUCGUAAGACAAGAAGCAAGAAGGCUCGUGCUAUGUCAACACGAAGGACGAAACGUGUACAUAAUGAUUCAGAUUAUGAAGAGUCUGUUGUAAGAUCAUCUCGGAAGUCUAGGCGUAAAAGGAGACGUGUUGAUUAUAAAGAUUAUUAUGAUAGUUCCUCUGAUGAACCUUCAACACCAUCGGAUGACAUAUACGAAGAUGAAUCUGCAGACAUCUCUGGCGCGGAUCCGACUUCACCGGAUGCGUUCAGGAAUCCUGAUGACCACGAUGACGUCGACGCUGCUAUUUUGGAAGCAGUUGGCGAUGUUGUUGAUAAUCGUCCAGAAUGGAUUAAAAGUGUUAAUCCCAAGUCAAUUUAUAUUCCUCAACGUGGUGAUAUUGUUGCUUACUUCUAUAAGGGCCAUCGAACAUUUGUUGAAAGAUCAGCAAUGGAGUUUGUUGAUUCUAAGCUCGUAAAGGAUCUAUCCAAGAAAUCAAAUAUUAAUGCACUUCCAUACAACCGCUAUCAACUUAACGAUAUUGAAUUUGUUGAAAUACGGGACGUUAAAUGGUCUUCUGGGCCUCCAUCAUACGCUACUGUUUCAUGCGUUAUACUGGAAUAUACACCGACUGAUGAUUCUCUGUACCCCAUGGAGCCGGGUUUUCAACAAACCAACAAAAAAAUAGAUAUAUCGUAUUUUGAUAUCGAGGGGGUUUGCGAAUUCCUUGUCUUGUAUAAGCGAUUCGUCAUUGGUGUUAACCAGAGUUUUGAAGUUGAUGAAAAGGUAGUAGUUCGUCUUGAUUCAACCGACUUCUCUGGCACUAUCGCCAAAAUUAAUCCGUUGGAUGAAAACUCUUGGUGUAAAUUUCCCACAUAUUUAGUUCAAUGGGAUGAAGAAGGCCAAGAUCCUUCAGACUUUUUCACGUGGGAAAUUAGGAAAAGUGGAGCACCAGAGGUUGAUUGUAGCCAAUUAACUGAAGACGAAAAGAGAGUAUUCGAUGAAGUAUUGACGGAGUUUAUCGAAAACGAAGAGUAUGUUCUUUUCCACGAACAUGUGGACUUUGCUCGAUACGCAGAUUACCUUGAUCAUGUUCCAUACCCUAUGUGUCUGGAUAUGAUGCUUCAACGUGUUCGUAACGGGUUUUACAGAUGCAAACAGGGUUUCAAGAGUGAUUUGGACCAGAUUGCGAUUAACGCUGUGGCUUACAACAAAAAAAAUUCAGCAAUCGCAAAAUUAGCGAGCCAGAUGGUCUCUGAAAUUGAG